CAGCCGCAGUUACAAUUCAAUCGUUCGACGGUGAGCAUGUUGUUGGGCUUUAUCGCGUUACCGGCGGCUCUCUUCUACCGGAAGUGAAGUCUGCUUUCACACCGGCAUUUCGUGUCCUUUAGCGCGUUGAAAUUCGUCGGUUCGAAAUAAAAGAUAGACGAAUGGUGUUGUACGAGAGAUUCACGAAGACGGAAGAGUGAUAUCGCGGGUUUGUGUGUAAGUGUAUGUGUGUAUGUGUAUGUGUGCGUACGUGAGCGUAUAUGUAUAUACUCUCUCGCCGACGGAACGCGAACGAUCGAGAAGGAACAAAGGGGAGAAGAGAGUAGAGUUUAAUUCAGAGAGAAUAUUUCGCGUCGAAUACUUUUUGCGCUCGACUAUAUAAAAAUAGAAGGAGAAGGGUUAGAGGAAAAGAAGAAAAGAACGUAUUCUUCGCGAAGGGUUUGUCGAAGCUUCUUACGAACUUGAACGAACGAACGAACGAACGAAGGAAUCGUCCGGCUUUGCGGCUUUAAGACCGGCCGGCGCCCGCUUUAAAGGGAAUAGAAUGGAAGCGUCGGCGCGUCGAGUCUCUCUCUCUCUCUCUCUUUCUUUCUUUCUCUUUCUUCUCUCUCUCUCUUUUCCUGUCUCUCUCGAGUUCCAAGUUGCUCCGAAUUGUUAGCGCAAGUCCUCAAUUCUAAUCUCUUAAUUCUUUAUCUUAUUCUUAUUAGUUUUCUCCUAUCUUUUUUCUUCUUUUUCUUCUUCUCCUUCCUCCUUCUUCCUCCUCGUAAUUCUUCGGAACACGUUCGAUCACUUCCGGGAUCCAGUUUCCACUUUAAGAGACUAUAACCCGAAAUGAGAGUAUUCUCGGCGAGAGUCAUCACGUACGCUCGCGAAUCCAAGGAAUAUAUAAGUGUUCCAUGAAUUUUCACGAAUUUGGAUCAUUAUUAUUCCGUACGAAGAUGUAGUUCUCGCGAUGCUCCAAAAGUAUUGACCUUCCUCGAGGGAGGCAAGCUACCUCGAGGGAAGAUAUAAGAAGAUCAAACGUGCGGUGCACUUUGGUGUUGUUCGUAAAACUUUUCGCAAAAAUUUCGUACCGUACGUAAGAUAUUAUACGUUCUUCGUUUGAUACCAAUGGUUUGUGAGUGGUGAUUGACGUUUACGAGUGCGAAUAUAUAUGUAUAUAUAUAUAUAUUUAUAUAUAUAUAUAUAUAAAUAUAUGUAUAUGUAAUCGUGUGCUUGGUGUCUCGAAAAGAAUCUAAAUUAUCAGGAGAGAUCAAAUCUUACCUUUCCUUUUAUUUCUCGUCAUUUCUUUUUUUCAUCAUUUAUUCCAUCAACAUAUAAGAUCUCUUCUCCUCAUGGUACAUAAAAGGACAAGAAGAUUUCUAAUGUUCACCAAUAAGGAUGAGUGAAUUCUUCUCGUGAAAAAGGAUUUAUCGUCGAUUUUACCAAAAACCGUGGAUUCGGUCUUCAGGAUGAUCGGAUUCUAUAUUCAGGAGACGUACGCCUAGUCAUCACAGUGGAGUUCUGCUUAAUCGCAGCCUCGGGAGGGGGUGGUUCGAUGUUGGUCCCUCCCGUGGCCCAAGGCGGGACGGGCGAUCGUCCCGUGGGUGACGCGGGUGGUAGGGCCCAACAGUCGUCCGGCCCUGCCGGGACAGCAACCCUAUGGCCUCUUGCACCAGCGCAACCCAACCAAGUUCCAAAUCAACAGUCACAAGGAAUACCACCCUUGGCUGCAACUCCUGCACCGGCACACAAUCAAGGUGUGAGCCGUUACGGGUUGUACUCGUUAUUUCCCGGGGGUGGCGGAGGUAGUUACGUCGCGGCCACUCCCGCCACCCCAGGGCCAUCCACCCCCGCGCGCGCUUAUCACGCAACAACGCAUAAGGAACGAACAGUUUCAGAGAGUGUGUUCUCUGCUGCUGUUGGCGUUGGUGUUGGUGGAUACACCUGGGGUGCUCCCACGCCACCCCCUGGAUCACCCUACAGCCCUGUCCCUGUGACUCAGCUCGAACUACUCGCCAAGAAUUUGGCGAGUUUGGCGCCUCCCGGUCAACAGGCGUUGAGCCUUCAGGGUGUCGGUGUUAAUGUUGGCAGUCUUCACCAUGCGCAGCAUACUCAGCACACGCAGCACACCCUCAAUCUCGCUGGACUUCAUCAUCUGCACCAUGAAGGUCUACAUCAGAACACUUUCUCGCCCCAACUCUCCCUGGUGACCGGUAACGCUCCGACAUUGACGAUCAAUAGCUUUUCACCAAAUUCGACGGGUAACGUCGUGCCGACGACGGGGGUGUUGCUCCAGGAGUAUCAGUCACCGACAGGCUCGACAGGCACCGGUUGUUCCGUCGCAGUGAACGGUUCCUCAUGUCCAACGAGUUCGACGAGUAGCACGAUGGUCGUCCAGGGUGGCAACCAGGUUGUCCAGACUACCGCCAAGAAACGAGAAGCCUUCCUCUCGAGUCAAGGUCAACCGGUGAAACUGGAGAACAAGUCGACGAGGCAGCCCUGCGUUUGCAGGAACAGCAACGGUAAAACGAAAGUGGUUCAUUCGGAUGCAGGCUGUAGCAGGACGUUGCCCGUCGCAUCGUCCUGGAAUGGACAGGAUGCGAAUAAUGGCGUUAAUUCUAAUACGAACAAUAAUAGCCUCGUGAAGAGAGAACCUUUGGCCUCGGUACCUUGUCAGGUUGCAGAGGUUUCGACCUCUCUUCACGCCACCACUACCUCUGUUAAGAUCGAGCCGGUUCCUCCGAAAUCGGAAAAUGGUAUAGUGGUAUCGAAUGCGAACGCAGGUGGAAUACCAGUCGGAAUUGCAAUGGCAAGACAGAGAUCGCAACAUCAGGAAACCUCGGCGUCCAUGCGGAAUGUCUCCCUCAGUCAUCAUACGUCGCAUCACGCAAGUUAUCAUCACUUUCAACCUGACAAUCUUGUCCCAUCGCUAGUUUGGGCCCUGUCGUCAGGUUCAUCGAGUACGGCCAUGACGGUAGGCGGCGCUACGCUCGUCCACUGUGGCGGAGGUGGUGGGGAAGAACGUCCGGCCCACCUCGCCAUUCCUUCGGGUGCUUUGGCGCCCUCGUUGAACGCGGCCCUCGGUUCGAGUCUUGGUUCGAGUCUCGGCCCGAAUCUCGGCCCGAGUCUUGGCUCCGGCCUGAAUUCCACCUUGAAUUCCAGCUUGAAUUCCACGCUCGGCAGUACCGCAACGGCCGCGGCCACUACCGCGUGGCCUCCCACGCUUUGGCAGUAUCCGGCCUCGGCCGCGGCCGCUGCCGCCGCUGCUGCCGCCGCAGCUGCAGCGAUGCCCAUGGAACCCGUAGGGUUCCCACAGAUGGGCGUCGGUGUGCAGGGCGGUUUGCAGUUGGUCAGAGAUCCAUCCAGUGGUCAUCUUCUUUUAAUUCACGCAGCCGAACAAAUGCAGCAGGCUGUGGUCUGGCCGAAUUAUCCAAAUCACAAUGGUGGAAACGUAGCGCCCCCGUCUCUUUUGUUACCGCCGCCGCCACCGUCCCUUCAACUUUUAAGCGACAUAGGCGGCGCUAGAUUGGUCCUUACCGAGAGCAAAAGAAAACAACAGAGCACUUUACCGAUCGUCAAGAUCGAGGCGGAUUGUGGUACGAAUCCAACAACCAUAAUCACAUCGACGGAAUCCACGAAGGCAUUGCAGAGCGUGACAUCGGUGACGGGCACUCUGGUGCCAGAUGCACCGCUCGUAACGACUCUUCAUUACUAUCCACAUGCACCGGCUUUGGUGCAGAUUAGCCAAACGGAGCCCACGCAUUGUAGGUCGCAGCAGCGAAAUGCGUUUAUUUCGAAGGCAACCUCGCCGGUAUCCUGUCUGACGCCACCGCCAGAAGUGACGACGAUCCAUGCGAUCGAGCCACCGCAAAUGACACCGAUGGUCGGCGUCCAGGAUGCUUCGAAUCAAACGGAAGCCCCAGAAACCGAACAGGACCAGGAUUUACCAAUGGCGAUGGAGACACAGGUGAAGCAGGAGCAAAAUCUUAGCCCGUGUCAACUUCAAUGUGCUAGUACCGCGACGAAUCUCACGACGACUACCACUACUACAACGACGAAUUUGACGAAUUUGACGAACUUUGAGAUUGUCGCUGCGACACCAGAAAAGAUGUGUAACGUCGUCAGGAUAACGACGACAACGACCACGGUCAAUCCUACCGUGUGCGGUAUAGUUGGCAAGGUUGAUAAAGCAGAAAACACGAUCAUCAACAUGGCUGAUUGUCCAAAAUAUUCUAUCACGAGGGAAUGUAGAAGCGUCACGUCGAUCGAUAGAACGAUCGAACGUGUCGUAAGUCGUCAAGAUGAUUUGGAACAGGACGAGGAAGAAGAUUCGAGGCACGAUCGUUCGACGAUCAACGACGACGACGAUUGCUACGAUAAUGGUAGAUCGCCGAUCUGUAGAGAAGCAAGAACUGGCCCUAGGAUCAUCGAAAUCACCGAAGAAAACUGCGACAGUUUUCACGAGAAUUUAGAGUUCUUUGCCACGCGACGGGAUCGUUCGACCGAUCGUCUUCGAGAUCGAAGGCGAAGUUAUGCGAUCGAUGCGACGCAGGAGCAACAUCAAAAUCGUGAGGAGGAGAAGAAGGUCAUUGUAGAGGAGCCGGUGAUCGAUCGUAUCGCCGAGGAAUCGAGAGGUACGGUAAUACAUCAAGUUAUCGCCAAAGUAUCACCGGAAACCUCUUGUUGCGAGUCACAGAGGAAAGAGGAAAUGUACACGGAAUCUAAGGUGAUGGUCGAUUCGACGUCGAAUAACGGGCCGCAAUCAAUGACGACGACGACGACAACGACGACGACGUCUCAGAAUAUCGCCGAUUGCGAGAGCUGCGGGAAAAAUCGAGACGUCCGUCCGCAAGUGGUUGUUCAACAAAAUCCAGAAGUGAAGCCACAAAUAAGUGUGAAAUCUUUCGAUAUGCCUAACAUCGAUUGCGACGAUCAAGAAAUGGGAACAGUGGUGAUCAAGCAGGAAGCCGACGAUGGUUCCUUCGACGAACAAAAUUCUAAAUUUGAGAAUGUAUCAACAAUGGAGAAGCCAAAGGAUUCGACGAAGAGACAUUCGGUUGAAAGAUCUCAUCCAGGUAUCGAGAACGUUGUCGAGAAAUUGAAGAAAAACGCGGCCGCUGCUAUGCAAGAAUCUUCCUAUCCGUUACAAAAGAUCGACGAAUCUAAAGAACGUAACGUUGAUAAUUCGCGUUCUAGAAGACACUCGGAAACGAUGCCGAGAAAGUUGGAGAACGGUUUGAAGAAACACAUAUUGAGAUCCUGCGAAAACGAACAAUUGUUGAACGAGAAACGUGAGAAUCUCGAACGAUCCGAGAUCGAAGGAUCUUCCGAGAAAGAUUCCAACAGUCUAACUUAUUCCAGAGAAUAUUUACAUAACGACAAUAAUAACGACAGUAGAAGUAACAAUAACAAUAUUAAGAAUAUAAACGACAAGGAACACGUCAUCAGGAAAAGGUUAGCAGCUGCCUGCGAGUCAAAGGUCAAGGACGACGUAUCCGAGGUAAACGCGAAUCCACCGAAAAAAAGUCGUCUAGAUAGAACAUCGAAUGUCAAUGACGACACGGUUUUCUUAUCAGCCACCAUUGUCGACAAUCAAAGCACGAAAUUGAAAUUGGCCAUUUCGACGAAGCAAAAAUCGAACGUCGAUCUCAGCGGCUUAGAAUUGCUCUCGAAUAGCAUCGAACAGUUCGAGCAUUUGAAGCCGGAGGCACAGAAUUGUUCGACUCCGGAUCUCGAGAAAUCGCCUAGCAGAGGGAAACUGAUCUCUCCUCAGGGUGAGAGCAAUAAUAAUAACGUCGAUAGUCCCCUCGGUUUGCUGUGUGCUCUGGCUGAGCAGAGAUUCAUGGAAGAGGUAGGAGACAAAGUGCCGAGAAAGCUCAAUCUCGAGAGUUCGGAAGAAAUAUCGAGAGCUGGUAGGCUGUUGUUAAAUCUUGGAAGGACGAGUUUGGAGAAGGAGAGAAAGAGGUUGGAUAAAAGAAAAAGUACGGAAGGAGACGAUGAGAAUUAUGAAAAAUCGAAGAGACUCAAAGUCGAUGUUGUCUACGAGGAAGACGAUGGAAAAAAUUCAUCGAUACGUUAUUACGAAAAAUGUGGUAAAAGUAGGAAACACGAAACUAAAUUACAGAAAAACAUGAUAUUCAGAGUGAAAGAGAAAUCGAGAAGAAGUAUAGAUCUAAACGAGGAAAAUGGUAUCGACGACGAGGAGACUUCUUCGUUGGCGGAAAGAUUCGUACGAGAACGAGAACGGGUUCCCAAGUUGGAUAAGGACAAUAACGAUUUGGAUUAUGAUAGAAAGAAGGAAACAUUGGAACGUUACGAUCCACAGUACGAUCGAUUUUGCGGAAACGACAGGUGUUACCGUGAUUUAUCAAAGAUAGAUGCCUUGACAGAUUCCGAAACGGAAAACGACAAAACAGCUUGCUCUCCUGCGAGAUUGGAGGAGGAAGUAGAUGUAAAUACGCAAAGAAGACGAGAAUCCACAGAGGAGAGAAAUAGGCAAGGGAAAUUGGACGCGAAGACGAACGUUGGUAAAAAAGGACAUGCGGAGGAAGACGGGGAUUGGCCAAAUAUGGACGCAAUGGAGUUGGAUAUGAGAGUGAGAUUGGCGGAUAUUCAAAGACAAUAUAGAGAAAAGCAAAAGGAACUUUCGAGGUUAACGCCGAAGAAGGAGGACAAGAGAAGUCCAGGUAGACCGAGAAAGAAGAGUCAUUCGUCGAGUUCCGAACACGGUACUCUCUCUUCUCCUCCCAUUUUGGAACCAGCAGUCCCUUGUCAAAAGUCUCCGUCUCAUUCUCCUGACGGAGCUCCACCGCCGUUAACGUCAGCAGUCUUGGCCAUGCCAAGAUGUAACGUGAAUCUUGUGAAACUCGGCGAACCUCGAAGUCACAUUAAACUUUUGGAUAGUAUACCGAGUAUACCUAUACCAGUACCACCGGUUGCUUCGCCUAUCACUGUCUUACCAACGAGCAAGAUACAAUCGGAGGAUGACGACAAGAGUACUGGAAGGAUGGAGUAUGAUACAUCUUCGCCAGCACCAACCGUAGCAAGUUCGAGUUCAGCAUCAAAGAAACGUAAAGUUGGCCGUCCUAGAAAACUUAUGUGCACGUCAGGGAAUACCAGACACUUUACAGAAACCAUUGUAGCGAAAAAGCCAAAAAGCAAAAGUUCCAUCGUGAGUUAUUUGUUGUCACCGAAAAAUAGGCAUCUUCAAACCAAGUACAUCGCCAAGUCUGGUUAUACUCCCCUACCCUUUAAAACCGGAAUGUUGUCCCUAAAAGCUUCCUCUAAGAAUCACAAAUCAGUCAAGGCGAAGAUGAAACCCGCGAAACAAACUCCGCUGCACAAUAAGAACGUCAUCAGUUCGAUUAUCGCGGAGAAGGCUAAACUUAGUCACGAAGUUAAGUUGGACAAACACAGUAGUAGUAAGGUAAAACCAAAACUCAAAGCCGAGGCAAAGGUAAAAACCUGGGAAGACGACGAGAGUACCGUCGUUGAAAAUAUAUCGUCGGAUACCAUGAACCAGGAAAUUCUUGAGGAGAAAAGUCUUGAACAAGCAGAGGAGGAAGAGGAGGAGGAGGAAGUCGAGAGAGAGGUAGAAAGAAAUAGGCACGAUAAAUCGAAGAAGAAGAAACAAAAGUCUGUCUCGUCAUCCCCGAGUCGACAUAAAUCGGGCGAUCGCGAUAAGAAGGAAUCUAAACGUCGAAAGUCGUCCGAUUGUAAAGAUUGUAAGGAAUGCGCGAAGGUUGCUAAAGCGGAAAGAACGGAAAGCAUUAUUAAUAGAUGCAAGCUAACGUCAGCUCACUUAGCCAUUGAUCAGUUAAGAGUACUGACGGCUAUGGGUGGGCUCUUUUAUGCCGGAAGACUCAGCGCUGUUCAAGCUCCAGAUGUUUAUGCUAUUACUCUCGAUGGCGAACGAGGCAACAGACCUCAUAUUCAUUCAAGGGAAGAGAUUUUACGAGACGCGAUCGUAGAGGUAUGUCCAAGCUCGACGAAAGAAUUACCACCCGGUACGAGACUUUGUGCUUAUUGGAGCGAGCAAUACAGAUGUCUUUAUCCAGGAACAUCGGUCGAACCUACCGAACCAGAUCCUGAACUCGAUGAGAAGUUUGUCAGUGUCGAAUUCGAUGACGGCGAUAGCGGUAGAAUAGCUUUGGAUGACAUCAGACUGCUCCAGCCUGAUUAUCCUGUUGUUGAAUACGAUCCAAAUCCUCUUUUAUCUUUGGGUAAACGUCGUCGACAGACCUCGGUUUCGAUAGAAGAUAAAAGAUCGUCCGUAAAUACUAUAUCCGGUGCAACAUCGAAUAGUUUAACGUCUACGGUUUCUUCCACAACUUCCACUCACAUUUCCUCUUUCGAUGGAGCGUCGAUAGAACGACACAAAACGGAUGAUAUCAAUGCAAAGGCAUUGGACGAUUAUCGUGAACGUAAACGUUUGAAGAAGAGGAGAAAAGAUAAACUGAAGAGACAACACGAGGCUCAAGAAGGAAAGAAGAAACACAAGAGGCACAAGGGCUGCGAAGAGCAUAGAAAGCACAAGCAUAGAAAACAUAGAAAACAUAAGCAUAAACAUAGUCAUCAUUGCAAUCACAGCGAAGGAAGUCAUAUAAGCGGGGAAAGUUGUUGUGGUCAGAAAAGUGAAGACGAACCAAAUAAAGAGACUCCAGCGAAGAUUGAAGAGGAAGAGGAAGAAGAGGAAGAGGAGGAAGAGGAAGAAGAGGAGAACGAAGAAAUGACUCUGGUGGAAGAAGAACCCGAACCAGUUCCAGAACCAAUCGAAGAGAUAGUAAGGGAGGAAAAGAUAGAAAAGCCUAAAAAAUCUGACAAAAAAGGAAAAGUACGAGAGAGACAGGAGUCGGUGGAAAGUCGAAGUAAAAUGGCUGCAUUCUUGCCUGCGAGACAAUUAUGGGGAUGGGCUGGUAGAGGUUACAGAAGACCUGGUGCAAAAGGAAGAGCUAAGAAACAAUUUUUCCGAGCCAUUCAAAGGGGAAACGAAACUAUUCAGAUAGGUGAUAGUGCAGUUUUCCUUUCUACUGGUAGACCAGAUAGACCAUACAUCGGACGUAUAGAGUCUAUGUGGGAAACAACAAGUUCUAAUAUGAUAGUUAAAGUUAAGUGGUUCUAUCAUCCCGAAGAGACGGUAGGAUGUCCAACCAAUCUAAAGUAUCCGGGUGCUCUAUUCGAAUCCCCUCAUAUGGAUGAAAACGAUGUACAAACUAUUUCCCAUAAAUGCGAAGUAUUACCAUUGGACGAGUAUACAGAAAAGCUGGGAAAAGAACCUCAUAGAUAUCUUACCAUCUAUGAUAACAACGAUAUCUACUACUUGGCUGGAUAUUACGAUCCGACGACGUACCUUCUAUCUAUGCAACCUGGGGUUGUUUGAGAACAGCUAAAGCUGACGAUUAAGUUGACUGGUGUCACUUAAUCGUAGUCAGCCACAAAUUUUGCGAAAUUCAAUUAUAAAUAGCUGGUGUUGAUUUAUCUUAACGCAGCUUUCAAACUUGUCGAUGUUUUAAAGCGACAUGCAAGAAGAAAAAGAAAACAAAAACACUGAAUUUAGGAAAUAUGUUCCUAACACAGAGGUCAUAAUGCAAUAAGGAAUAGAAAGCAAUUUAUUGUCUCGCUUUCCUAUUGUAUGUCUUCUUGAUGUGUUUAUUAAUGACGACGAUGCAAACAGAGGUUAAAUUUAUCAUAUAAGAAUUUGCCCAAGAAAUCUGAACAAGUCUGUUGUAUAGAAUCUUUCGCGAUAAAUCUUAUUCACUGACUUUACAAAUUGGAUCCCGAAUUGUAGCAGGUAUCCAAAGAUAAUAUAAUAAUUUCAUGCAA